AUGGUUCGUGGAUUCUCCAGCAGUGACGAGGACAAGGUACCACCACACAAACACAUCAUCCCUCCAAUACCCGAAUCACCAAAAUACAUCGUUGAACCCCCUAUCCGAACGCGUCCCUUUCGGAACUUUCGUGGAGGCCAGAUACCUCGACGAGCACCGAAACGACGAGUUUCACAGCCAUCAAUCUCCCUUCAAGAGCACGGGACUUAUCCUGUGCAAGCUAUCCAUAUUGCUCAAUCAAUCAAUAUUCCGAAAGUAAUAUCGAAAGUUUUUUCCACGAAGGCGGCCCGAAAAAUGAUGGAGCGGCUCAGUGUCGUGGUUCAGUUGCCUCGAGAUGAAAAGCAUCCAAGCUACAGAUUCAUUGCCGUCUUUCGCUUUGGGCCAGUUGUAUUUUUUAAUGUAUCUCCAAGAGAGAUUGUAACAUUUGUGGAACAAAUCAAGAAAUGUUCAGAGGAACCUUUUCUGCAGGGAAAUGAACCUCGGGAGAGUUUCUGUGUCCACGUGCAACCAGAGAUACCAGUGGAUAGUGAUAAAAUUGUCACUGGAGAAUAUUGUAUCGUUCAGGAACUGAACAUGAAGUCCGUUGAUGUUAUUUCUAAUGUCAUGGCACAGUCCAUUGCAUUGGAUUCAUACAACGAUAUGGUGGACGAGUUAUUGUCACAGUUCGAGAGACUGAACAAGAAAGUGACGACGACUGGUAGUUUGAAGGAGACUCAAAGAGACUCCUUGUUCCGCACGGUUGCCCAAAACAACAGCAUCUUUAUUGAAAUGGUUAGCAGGGUCGGAAUUAAGGAUCGAGUAGACACCGCUUGGAAUUUGAGUCAAUACGAGGAAAUACAUGACGGUAUGAAGGUUGAGUUUGAUAUUGAUAUGCGAUUUGAACAGAUUGAGUUCAAGUUGAACCUAAUCCAGCAGAACGCCAAAUUUUUCCUUGAGGUGCUGUCGGAGCAGAAGAGCAAUACUCUUGAAUGGAUUAUUAUUGUACUGAUCUUGUUUGAGUGUAUUCUCAUGUGUGCCGAAAUGAGUGGUGCAGGCGAAGUAUUUUUUGCCAGCAUGGCUUGCAACCUUGAAAAGUACCUUUAA